GUUGAAGCUCAUCGAGCUCAAUUGGUUCUUUAUCUUUUACAUACUGUGGUGCAGGGUGACGUGUUGUUCCAUCGACAGUGGAAAAACCAGAUCUCACACGUUAUCAGCCUGCGAUUUCGGCCCUGCUGGUCAACAGUCGAAACUUCAACUUUCUAGCAUUCCUUUAUUACAGGCUCGUUACCCCUAUUUUGGUGAAUCAUAGCCUCUAGAGCAUAGAGUAGUCGGACUUGAACCCUCUAUCAUGUGCCGUUUCUUGAUAUACAAAGGCAGCCAUGACAUUCGCCUCAGCAAGUUGGUCACUGAACCCAGUCAUUCUAUCUUGACUCAGUCGUAUGACUCUCGCUUAAGACUGGACAACCGCCGCCCCGUAAACGGCGACGGCUUCGGCGUAGGCUUUUACACGGACCCAAAACUCGGCCCAGAGCCCUGCAUCUUCACAUCCACACUGCCCGCAUGGAACUGCGAGAACCUGGAGCGGCUCGCCUCCAAGACAUGCUCAAACCUGAUCUUCGCGCACGUGCGCGCAACAACAGAAGGCGCCCUCUCCGACAACAACUGCCACCCCUUCCAGCACCAGCGUCUAAUGUGGAUGCACAACGGCAACGUCGGCGGAUGGGGGUACAUCAAGCGGACGCUGGCGGACUCGCUGACUGACAAGUGGUACCUGGGCGUCAAGGGCGGCACGGACAGCGAGUGGGCGUUUGCGCUGUUUCUGGACCUGCUGGAGAAGGAGGGCGUGGAUCCGAGUGCGGAUCCGGGGCCUGAUGGGUUUGGGCAUGAGGUGCUGAGGCAUGUGAUGGUGAAGACCAUCGCGAAGAUUAAUGAGUUUAUUCGCGAUAUUCCCAAGAGGCACAAUGUUUCGGGGGUCGAGACGCGCAGCUUGCUCAAUUUUGCCGUCACGGAUGGGAAUACGGUUGUUUGUACGCGGUAUAUCAGCAGCAAGACGGAUGAGCCGGCGAGUUUGUAUUUCUCGUCUGGGACGAAGUGGAAGGAGGGGGCGGAUAAGGGCCACUAUAAGAUGGAGCGCCAUGAUAAGGGCGCGGAUAUUGUUCUGGUGGCUAGUGAGCCGAUCACUUUUGAGAGACACAACUGGGUCUCCGUUCCCGCAAACUCCGUCGUCACAAUCGACAAGCAGACCGUCCUGCUUCACCCAAUCAUGGACGAGUUCUACGUCGAGAACGUGAACCAAGACCGAUCCUCUUGCUUCGCCGUGUCCAAGGGCCUCGUUAGCACGGCGCCGGGAACAACAGUGCAGCCUCAGAACACGGAGGGCCCGGGAACACCGGCUAUCAGUCUGAACGGAUCGAGGCUGGGUGAUCCCAGCGGAGGACUCGAACAGCACCAGAUUGCUGUCGCGAAUCAGUGCGCGUUGUCGCAUUAGCGAUUGUCUUGAUUGGAUAUGAUAUUGGAGUUGAUGGGCUCUGGCGUUGGUGAUUGGAUUACUAUUGCGAGGUUGUCGAGAAGACAUGCAUGGGUUGUUGCUUUGGUAUUGUGUCUCUCGGUGCAGCAUAC